AUGCCUAAGAUAAAGACAAGCCGUGUGGAAUACCCCGAAGGAUGGGUGCUUAUCGAGCCCACAAUCCGUGAGCUGGAUGCCAAAAUGAGAGAAGCUGAAAACGAUACACAUGACGGGAAGAGGAAGUGUGAAGCACUCUGGCCAAUUUUCCGCAUUUCUCAUCAAAGAAGCCGUUACAUAUAUGAUCUUUUCUAUAAAAGGAAGGAAAUAUCAAAGGAGCUGUAUGAGUUCUGCCUGGACCAGGGUUAUGCAGACCGUAAUCUGAUUGCAAAGUGGAAAAAGCCGGGUUACGAGCGCCUCUGCUGCCUCCGCUGCAUCCAGACCCGAGACCACAACUUUGCGACUACAUGCGUGUGCCGGGUCCCCAAGCACCUGAGGGAGGAGCAGGUAAUCGAAUGCGUCCACUGUGGCUGCAAGGGAUGUGCCAGCGGCGACUAA